GCGCUAUCAUUGAGACCGCAGAACCAACCUCAACGACUUCGCGCGCACGUCAUUUGAGUGUCUUAUCAGUAUCACUGAGCAGCUGAUCGCUUAUAUAGUAAACAAGUAUUAUUUCAAUUUCGGCGAGCAAAAAUGUCGCGAAAAAAUGCAAUUAAUUUGAUGCACGCUAUAGCAAGCAAAUCUUGUAGCUGUCCAGCACAUUCACAUGGAUACAGUUCAGGCGCGAUGCAAGUGGCGGCUGGCACUCAAACUGGCAAAAUGGAAUACGCUUUUGAGAUGUCUUCAUCAACGGUGCGUUUUGGACCAGGUGUUUCAGCCGAACUUGGUGCAGAUCUGCGCAACUGGGGUGCAAAGUCGGUUUGUUUGGUUACCGAUGUUAAUGUUGCUAAAUUACCUAGUGUACGCACAGCCUUCGAUUCGCUCAGUCGUCAUGGCAUACAAUUUGAAGUGUAUGAUAAAACACGCGUUGAACCGACUGAUGCUAGUUUAUGGGAUGCUGCGACCUUCGCAAGGAGAAAACAAUUUGAUGCGUUUGUAGCAAUAGGCGGUGGCUCUGCAAUUGAUACUUGCAAAGUGGCCAAUUUAUUUUCUUGUGAUAAAGACGCAGAAUUUUUGGAUUAUGUGAAUAAGCCGAUUGGUCGAGGCAAAGAGAUUAAUGUUAACUUGAAACCGUUGAUCGCGUUACCGACAACUUCGGGCACCGGUUCAGAGACUACCGGUGUAGCUAUUUUCGAUUAUAAAAAGUUGCACGCUAAAACGGGAAUUUCAAGUAAAUUUCUUAAACCUAAAUUAGCUUUAAUCGACCCGCUGCAUACUCUUACGCAACCCGAACGUGUCACUGCUUUUUGUGGGUUCGACGUUUUCUGCCAUGCUCUCGAAAGUUUCACCGCCGUUGACUAUCGUGAACGUGGCCCGGCACCUGCUGACCCCAGCUUACGUCCACCCUAUCAAGGCCGUAACCCUAUCUCUGAUGUUUGGGCGCGCUAUGCGUUACAAAUAAUACGUGAAAAUUUCAUAGACGCUAUUUAUCAGCCCGACAAUUUAGAAGCUCGUUCUCGCAUGCAUCUAGCAUCCACGAUGGCUGGUGUAGGUUUCGGCAACGCUGGUGUACAUCUUUGUCAUGGCCUAUCUUAUCCCAUAUCGGGAAAUGUACGCCAGUUUCGACCUGAAGGUUACGCCGAUUCUCAUGCAAUUGUUCCACAUGGGUUAUCCGUUGUCAUCAGCGCACCUGCCGUAUUUAAGUUUACUUCGCCUGCAUGUCCAGAACGUCAUUUAGAAGCGGCGCAAAUACUUGGUGGCCAUACUAACAAUGCAAAGUUAGCAGAUGCCGGAAAUAUUUUAGCAGAUACCGUACGGACGUUUAUGCAACGUGCAGGUGUUGAAAAUGGGUUGAAAGCUUUAGGAUUUAGUGGUGAUGACAUUCCAGCACUGGUGGAGGGCACUUUGCCGCAGCAACGUAUAACGAAAUUAGCACCGCGGGAGCAAAGUAAAGAAGACUUGGCAAAACUUUUUGAGAACUCUAUGGUAGUUUAUUAAAUUUACAUCUUACCAAAUUUUAGUGCGCUUUAAUAUAUCUCUGCAGUUUUGAGUAUCUUUCACUUUUAACAAUAAACAGUUCACGAAAAUUACACUAUUUAAAUCAA